AUGGCUCGCCCCGCAGGCUGCUCACAUAGCUUCAAGUUGAUCAAGUCGGACACCACUAUCGUCCUCUGGAACUGUCACUUGUGCCUUGCCCAAAAUCUUCCCUUUAUCUACGAGUGCGAGCGAUGCAAGCUCAAGACUUGCCAGGCUUGCGCAGCCAAAGCAUAG